UCGUCCUCCAGCUAACCGUCUAGCUCUUUCUUUUGUUGUACUCCGAACUCUACUUAAUCUUCCACCCCAACUCUUUCCACAGAUUUCACACUAUCCUUGGCCCCUCACUUCUGUUUUCAGAGUUUAAGUCUUACGGAGGAAGGAAAAGGAGCUGUUUGAAGAAAACUCAAGAGAAGAAAAAGCAAAAAUAAGAGACUUUUAUCAGAAGGACAAGUGAAGGCAAGGUAUCAAGUGUGUUUACUACAUACCAGUGAAAGAAUAUUGCAGCCAGUUUUCCUGGUUGAUUCAUUAUUUUGUUCAGUGAUAAAAUGAAAAUUCCUAUCUUCAUUAAAGGAUCCACUGAAUCAUCGCAUUAAUUCAACUGUAUUGCAUUCUUGAGGUAGUCUUUCCAGCUUGAUCUCCUGACCUUACAAUGUCUGAAAUCAGAUUUAGCAAUCUCACUUGGGAUCAAGUUAUAAUACUGGAUCAAGUGUUAGAUGAAGUAAUUCCAAUUCAUGGAAGGGGAAAUUUCCCCACAUUGGAGGUAAAACCAAAAGAUAUCAUUCAUGUUGUGAAAGACCAAUUGAUAGAGCAAGGAAUUAUUGUUAAAGAUUCCCGAUUGAAUGGUUCCACAGCAAGUUAUAUACUUGCAAGCCACAGUGGAAUCAGCUAUAAGGAUCUUGAUGUUAUUUUUGGUGUUGAAUUACCAAGUGAUCAGGAAUUUCAAGUUGUUAAGAAUGCAGUUCUAGGUUGUCUACUGGACUUUUUACCAAAAGGUGUGAAAAAGGAAAAGAUCACCCUAAAGACCAUGAAAGAGGCUUAUGUGCAGAAGAUGGUCAAAGUUUGCAAUAUGCAUGAUCGUUGGAGUCUCAUUUCUCUUUCAAACAACACUGGAAAAAAUGUAGAGCUAAAAUUUGUGAAUUCACUCAGACGACAAUUUGAAUUUAGUGUUGAUUCCUUUCAAAUUGUUUUGGAUCCCAUGUUAGAAUUUUACAGUGACAAAAAUGCUAGGCUAACCAAAGAAUGUUAUCCUGUUGUGAUAGCUGAAAGCAUGUAUGGAGACUUCCAAGAAGCAAUGACACAUUUGCAAUACAAGCUUAUAUCUACUAGAAAACCUGAAGAGAUUAGAGGUGGUGGCCUUCUGAAGUACAGCAACUUGCUGGUUCGUGAUUUUAAACCAGCUUGUGAAGCAGAAAUCAAGACACUGGAACGUUACAUGUGUUCUAGAUUCUUCAUUGAUUUUCCUGAUGUAGUAGAACAGCAAAAGAAGAUUGAAUCAUACCUCCGUAACCAUUUCAUAGGUGAAGAAAAUAGCAAAUAUGACUACCUUAUGACCUUGCGUGGAGUUGUGAAUGAAAGCACUGUUUGCCUUAUGGGUCAUGAAAGAAGGCAGACACUCAAUAUGAUCACCCUUAUGGCUUUAAAAGUACUUGGAGAACAGAAUAUUCUACCCAAUACAGACAAUGUAACUUGCUUUUAUCAGCCUGCUCCAUACUUUGCUGCUGAGGGAGGGUAUCCUAAUUAUUAUGUAACAUCUGGACCACCACCGAUUUUUUUCCAACCAUACCAACCACUGCACUUUCAUGUGCCAAAUGGUGUGGUCUAAACACACACACACACACACACACACACACACACACACACCAGAAACUUUGCUUUAAUUAAACACCUCUUAAAAGCAAGUUUCUAAAAUCCAUAAAAUUAAAAUCUAUUUUUUAUAUUUCUUCAGUUAUCAACUAUUUUCCAUUAAUUAUAGCUUAAACCAUCAUAGUAAGUACAAUAUCAUCUAUAAACUGACCACUGUAAAUGAUUUUCAAGUGUUAUUAAUUAGCUAUAAUAACUUUCAAAUGUUGUGGACCACUUAAAAUGAUUUUCAGAUCUUACUAAGUCUUAAGUAAGACUCAAAUUUGUCCUGAAAAAUACAUAACAGAUGCCUGAAUCUUUGAUUAAAAUAUAAGAGACUCAUAUUUUCAAAUUCAAAGGUACAGUAAAGAUAAGUGCCAACAUUUUUUUAUUCAAUCAAUUCCUGUGUUUCAUUCACUUCACCAUUUUUUUUCCGGUGAAUAUUACCAUCACUGAGUUUUCAAUACUUAACAAAAAUGCCUAAUUUCAAAGACAACAGAUUCAGAAGAGAUUAAAACUCUGGACUUUAUAAGCACUUAUUUUGUUUUCCAAUUAAAUUGGGUUAGAUACAAAAUCCUACUGUUAUUUCAAGGAACACUGAAAAAAAUAUUUCUGAAAAAACACUGGACAUUAACAAUUUGUCAACUGUCAAAUAGUGUUGUUGAUCUGAAGAAUAAUACCAUCCAGCUGGUAAAAUCAAUACUGCGAUCAAAAUUAUAUAAGUGUCUUCAUUUUUUCCCCUAAAUAAGUUGAAAAGAAUGAAAAUGACCAACUAUGAAUGUGAACAUUUUUUAUCAUUAUCUUUUAGAGACUCUAAAUGGCAGAUAGCAAAAAAACAGGCAUUUUUUUUUAGCUAUGGAUGGUAUUUAUCAUUUUUAGGACCUAUUUGUCUAAUGUAUUAAUAUAUCUGGAGAUAGUAUCAGUAAGUUAAAAUAUUUUCAUUAUUGUUCAUUGAAGUGCAUUUUUUUCACUUUGCUCUUACUAAAGAUCAGUUUCUAACAUGCUACUCAAGUGCCUCUUUAUGUGAGUUUUUGCAUAAUACUAUAAUUUAUCCAACAAUUGCAUACAUUCAUCAGGUAUCUGACUAUUUGCCUACUACAUCAGGUAUGCUGCUAGCAGAUCUACCAAUAGAAUUAAAACAAUGUUUUUCCCAUAAUGAAGAAAAUAAUCCAUAACCAAUAUUAAUGGAGAUGAGAGAGAAGAUGAACUAUCCUGAAUGAAUAUAGAGAAGACCAUCAGACAACUUCACCAUUUUCACUUGCUUCUGAUUUUUUGUUUUUUCCAUCUCAGUUUUCAUUGACCAUCAUAAGUUUUUUCAUCACAGCAUGAUCCAAAAGGCAUAUUCUGAGAAUUUGUCACUUAUAAACUGUGCUUAAUCUGUCUUCUCUGUAUUACAGUACUGGACACAAAAAGUACAUAAAAUAUGGCAUUUUCAAAUAAAUAUUUCCAAGAUGUUUUAUACCACCACACCACUGGCCAUCAGUAUAUUGUUAAAGAAUUAUAUUUAAAAUGUAUUUAUGUGUAUUUACACAUGCACAUAUUUAUCAAUCAUACAACCCUGUUUUAAACAUUAUAUGGAUUCGCCUCUUUGCUUGGGAAAAUAAAGAAUUUAUAAAUACUACAUUAAAGAGAAAAUUUAGUAAUCUAUUAACAUAGUGUAUUGGCUGAAAAAUGAUCUUUCUGUACUAAAGUAUAAUCUUUAGUUUUCAGUUGGGGGAGUGCUUGCACAUAAAACUGAAAUAGUAUAUGCUAUGUUUAAGUACCAAAAAACAAUUCCAAAAGAUAUGGGAAAAGUAUUUAGGAAUAAAAGAACUAUAGUAGUUAUGAGUCAUGGGUAAAGAUUCAGUAUUUCCACAGAAUUUUAUGCUGAAUAGCACAAUUCUGAAGCUGUUUGGAAACAUCCCUCAUGUGCUCCCUUAGUUUCCUUUGGUUCUAUUGAGAAUUUGAACUCCUUUUUCCCUAAAGAGGAAAUUCUCUAUGGUGUUCUCCUAAAGCUUUACAUACUGCUGGAAGAAUGGCCUGAAAGCUACCAGCUCACUCCUAACAUUUUCAAAUAUGUGUUUUCAUUGUAGUAUAAAAGCUCAGACUUGGUAUAUAAGAUUUUCUCAAGAAAGAGAAUCCAAACCUGUUGAAUGGAAAUGGUAUCACUAAAGAGAAAGCUAUAGUUUGAUCUCUCAUGGUUUUCUUUCCAAGCUAGGCUGUCCUUUGGUUCCAACCAAACAGAAAAAUAUCUAUCUUUAAUAGCGUAUGAGUAUCUCUCCAGGAU